AUGGCCCUCAACGCCCUUCCACAGACUCCUGUUCGACGUUCAAAGCGUUUCCAACCUUUAGCCACUCCUUUCUUGAAGCAAGCAGCGCCAGCAGGGCUCGAAUGCUCUUGGGAUGGGGAACCAAUCUUUACUCGGCCGUGCAACCCAGAUUUAGACCUCAUGCAAGAGGACCUUGACGCCAGAGAAGACGUACAUGGAGAAGAUGCAGAGGCUGAAGAAGACAAUGGAGAAGGAAGCAGCAGAAGGGGGAAGAAGGGGGAGGAGACUGUGUUCUACGCGUCGUUCACCAUGAAGAAGCAGCGGCCAAGGCAGCGCGGACGUGGGGAUAAUUCAGCUAGGGACGCUGCGCAGGUCUACCGUCCAGGCGACACAAUCCUUGUAGAGACCGACGUUCUGUACCGACAGAAGCGGCCGCCCAGUAUUGCAGUGAUUAUGUCGAUGUGGGAGGUGAAGAAAGCAGGUGAAGAGGUUAGCGGAGAUCCUGCUCGAAUGAGGCUGAGGGUGCACUGGUUCCUGCGGCCUGGAGAGUUGCCUGCUAUCAGGCAGAAACGAGACCAUGUGGAGAACGAGAUUUACUACUCCCUCCAUUCGACGGACAUCCUAGUUCCCACUGUUAUCGUUUCGCGUUGCUCAGUCUCCAGCCAUACUGCACACAUUCAGAAGACCGUCAAAGCCACAGGUCGCUCAAGAGGCUACCAAGAAAUUGACGAUUCAGAAACGGGAGAGCAAAAGUUCUUCUGCCGCUUUGCAAUUAACUCACAGAGGGGUCUCUACUACGAAUGGAACUGGGAUGACCACCAUGACAGGGCCAUGAAAACUGUUCUAGCGGUGCCAGACGACGAAUCUUCGGAAAGAAACACGUGGGGGCAGGGACUUGAAUGGAACGUUGACACCACAGAGCCCAGGAAACCCAAGCCUAAACCGACGACGAAAGGCCAACCUCCACGGAAGCGUGUCAAGCUAGAAACUGAAGAGCAGGAACAGGAGGCAAGCGGUGACGAAGACUCUGGCUCCGAGGCUGACAUUGACUCCGACGGAGAAGAGGAUGAUGAAGAAUUUGACGACGUAGUGGAGGAAGGCGAAGAAGAGGAAGGUAGUGAAGAGGAAGAGGAUGAAGAGGACAACGACUUUGGAAACCCAAAGACGCCAUCCCGGCGAAAACGCAAACGAGGCCAGAGUUCAACGCAGCCAAAGACCCCUCGUAAAUCGCGCAAAAAUAUCGCUCAACCCACCCCUCACUCCAAAGCAGCCCUGCGGAAGAGGAGACGUCUUAGGGACAGCGCAGCCGACGUCAACUCGUCGCCCAGGAAGAGGUUACCCCUCCGCCCUCCAACGACCCUGCCAUCCAAGUCCGACUUGAGUCACCUUCCUCAGGAUCCCUGGCGCAGGGCGAUGCAUGUAUUACAUGUCGGUAACCGUCCCGAUGCCCUUCCAUGUCGAGAAGACGAAUACGCGAGGGUGCUUCAGUGCGUGGGUGAUCUCUUGGAGGAGGGCAGCGGGGGAUGUGUUUAUAUUUCCGGCGUUCCUGGAACAGGAAAGACCGCCACAGUGCAUACAGUGGUCCGCGAAUUGAAGCGCAUGGCUGAAGCCAAUGAAAUUAACCCGUUCACCUACGUCGAGAUUAACGGCCUGCGGAUCCCAGAACCCUCUGUCGCCUACACCCUACUAUGGGAGGCGAUACAUGCUCCAUCCGGAGAAACGGGGAUGCGUAUAAGCGCUAAAGAAAGUCUGAAGGCCCUCACACACCACUUCAACGGACGCUCUCGGGGACCUGCGGCCCAUGCCUACGUUGUUUUGAUGGAUGAACUCGACCAGCUUGUAACAGCAAAACAAGACGUGAUCUACAACUUCUUCAACUGGCCCACCCUAGCUGGAAGCAACCUGGUGGUGAUUGCCGUCGCCAAUACCAUGGACCUUCCGGAGCGUGUCAUGACCGGUCGCGUUCGAAGUCGGCUGGGUAUGACCCGAAUCAACUUCCAGCCUUACACCACUCAACAGUUAUCGGAGAUUGUUCGAGCACGGCUGGAGAGUGCUAAAGAAGGAUUAAAGGAAGAUGCUGCUUCACAGGUUGUGUUGACUGAGGACGCCAUCAAGCUUGCUGCUGUGAGGAUCAGUAGAAUUACUGGUGAUGCUCGGCGUGUGCUUGAUGUCUGCAGACGUGUCGUGGAGAAUGUCAGCGCGACCAAAACAGCCGGUGGUCCCAAGGACGUUUUAAAGGUCCUUUUGCAUGAAAGAAUCAUGCUCGCGUCCUUGAUCAAAUGCGUCAAGCGGGAAGGAGUCGAGGAGAUUAAAUGGGGUGAUGUGCAAUACCAACACAUCAAUUACCUUGGAGCCCUAGCUGGAGUCGGUGAAUCGAGUCGUAAACCAACGUCGGCUGAACUAGCGAUAGUCUUGGACUCGUUGGUUGCCUCGCGCGCAAUUCUUCUGGAAGAUGGUGCCGCUGUGGCCCGGAAACCAGAGGAGGAAAGACGAGUGCUCUUGAACAUCGAGCAGAUUGAGGUGGAGAGGGUGUUGAGCGAUAUCGGUGGGCCUGCUUGGAAGAAUGUGCUCAGUGCGUGA